CCACAGUCCGCUACGUGUUACUAUUGUAGAUAUGUCGGAGCAUAGGCUCUUCCGAUUCCCAAAGCCUCAGUGGCUCAACAACGCCAAUAGUCGAACGGCAGGCGUCUACAUCGCCGGAGCUCUGUUCUCUCUCGGCUUUUACUUCUUUAUCGACGCCUGCGCCUUCUCCAAAUCUAAACGCAAUGGUUCCGAAAUCCACAUCACGUUCAUCGACUGGAUACCUGGCAUUUGCUCUGCCCUCGGCAUGCUGGUGAUUAACUCAAUCGACAAGACCAGACUGAGUGCAGACAGUUUCAGCUAUUCUGGAAAUGGGGUUGCUUGGAAAGCCAAGGCCGUCCUGUUCUUCGGGUUUGCGCUGAUGGCUGGUGGAUUGGCUGGAUCAGUUAGUGUCAUGGUUUUGAAGUAUGUCAUACACGAAUACCCUUUGCAGACCCUUUGGUUCGGUAUUGCCAACGUCAUCGCAAACGGCCUCAUUAUGCUCAGUUCCGUCGUCCUAUGGAUUGUGCAGAACAUGGAGGAUGAAUACACAUACAAUCUUGCGCUAUGAAGACGGUAGUUGUAGUAGCAUAUAUCUCGAAUUAGCGAUGCCUCUGAGCAUAAUGAGUCUACGUCAAAUUUGCGGCGUAAGGAUCAGAUUUGUACACUACGUAUUCAUAUCAAUCAAGCUGUUGCCUUUCGCCAGACUUCUGU